CAAUCGAUCAACCAAUCCAAUCAUCGUACUUCCUCGUACAAACCACAGAUGGCCGCUGUCCGUAGACGCCGAACCGCCGAUUCGCUUAUGAGAGCUCCAUCCCUGUCUCCUUGCCCGCCCUGGAUUGGCUGAGCCUAAAUUUGCUUGGCGAGACGAGCAACCCGCUUUUAUCCAUCCCAUCUGAAGUGCACGGGCCAUCCGUCGUUCAGAUGUGCCUUUCUGGCCUCAAGCUACACUGAACACUGACGACGACUACACCACGAAACAAUCCAUUCCGAAUCAACAACCCCAGCCCAAUUGACCGUGCCAACACGGAGCCACACUCUCUCUAUCUCCAACUCAUACCUCGAAUUCCUUUACGCUUAAAUCAUCCACAAUGGCGCCCAAAUCCAGAGCCCCCGCAACCACCCCAUCGACAACAGCUCCAACCACCACCACGGCAUCCACCCCCGCGAAGUCCUCCAAAUCAGGAAGCUCAUCAGCUCCACAAGACAUCCUCACCGGAAUAUGGAACAACUACGUGAAUAAGACGCCGUCGCGCGUGAAGCUGCUCGACACCUUCAUGGCGUUCCUCGUCGUCGUCGGCGCAUUGCAGUUCCUGUACUGCAUCAUUGUUGGAAACUUUCCCUUCAACGCCUUCCUAUCAGGCUUCAGCGCGACCGUCGGCCAGUUCGUCCUCACAGCCAGCCUGCGCAUGCAGACCAACCCGGAGAACAGCAAGGAGUUCGAGGGCACGUCGCACGAGCGGGCGUUCGCCGACUUCGUGCUCGGGAGCUUCCUGCUGCAUUUCUUCUGCGUCAACUUCAUCAACUAAGAAGCAUUGUUACGUGUCGUGGUCUGGGAAUGUGGGGCACGGGAGAGGGACAGGAGGCGACACUUCGGUGGUUUAUCAAGCGGAAAGAUUGAAAGAGAGGGUGGAAUAGAGAGUGUCAGACGAUGUGGGGUCAUUGAAAGAGGAGGUGUUAGGCGUAUAUCUU